AAGACCCGCGGGCCGCGAGGCUGUGGGCUAAAAAACCCAGCGAAGCCGGCUGGCCCGUGGCUUUCGGGGGGCGGGAGGGCCGCAAAGCGUUAGAGGAGGGAGGCGUUGGACUGUAGGUGCAGCGGCCGGCCAGAGAGGAAGUCAUUGGCGCCCUUUGGCCGCCUCUAGGGUUCCGCGCGGCUCGCCGAGGAGGUGGAGACGCCCGGGCGGGUCUCCUCCGGUCUAGUCCCGUCUCUUCCUGUCCGGUCCAUUCCGGGGUGUGAAGAAAAAAAUGACAAUCCAAUGGGUGGCAGUUGCAACCUUUCUUUAUGCCGAAAUAGGACUCAUUUUACUCUUCUGUCUACCUUUUAUUCCUCCUCAGAGAUGGCAGAAGAUUUUUUCAUUUAAUGUUUGGGGUAAAAUUGCAACUUUUUGGAACAAGGCUUUUCUUACCAUUAUAAUUCUAUUGAUUGUUCUGUUUCUAGAUGCUGUGAGAGAAGUAAGGAAAUAUGCCUCUAUUCAUACCAUUGACAAGAGCUCAACUAGCAAACUUGGUGCCUAUGAACAUACACAGAUGAAACUUUUUAGGUCUCAAAGAAAUCUUUACAUUUCUGGAUUUUCAUUAUUUUUUUGGCUAGUGUUGAGACGUCUGGUUACACUUAUAACUCAGCUGGCAAAAGAACUAUCAAACAAAGGAGUGCUUAAAAGUCAAGCAGAAAAUACUAAUAAGGCUGCCAAAAGAUUCAUGGAAGAGAAUGAAAAACUAAAAAGGAUUUUGAAAACCACAGAUGAAGAACAUACUUUGGAAACAGAAAAUAAAAAACUAGUAGAAGACCAGGAAAAACUGAAAGCUGAAUUAAAGAAGACUUUAGAUGCCCUUUAUAAGGCACAGAGUGAUGUGAUGACAAUGAAGACACAGUCAGAGAGACUUUCAAAAGAAUAUGAUCGACUCCUGAAAGAGCACUCAGAACUUCAGAAUCGUUUAGAAAGAGACAAUAAGAAAGGUCUGUGAACUUCAUGGAAGAAGAUUCUGAUACACCGUGUCAAGAUAACAAAUUUGUUAUCAUGGUAGCCACUAGAAAAUUUAAAAUUCAAUUUAGAAAAAUGUACUAUGACUGGCUAAUAGUGUUUUUUAAUGCCACACAUAGACUAGGUAGUAGUGAAAUUUUCAAAAUAUUUGAUAAUGUUUCAAAUAUAUUACAAAGAUUAUAUUCCAGCUCUUUAAAAAAUAUAUAAGCAUGUUAAAACCCAUAUUUACAUAUUGAUAGACAUUGGUGCAAUGGUGGCUCUUUACCAAUAAAAGG